GAAAACAACAAUAUCUUCGGGGUUUAGUUUGUUUAACAAUCUACUCUGCGAAAUAAACAUUCACAAAAUAUAGUCGUUUCGUAAUAACUAUAGUUGAAUGGAAUGAUCAAUCUGCAUUAAAAUCAUUGAAUACUUUUUUUCAAACAAAGAACGCUUUUUGUAUUGCAGUAAAAUGGGUUCAGAACAAAGUCGUCCAUCCGGUAAUAAGUCGAAAAAAUCAAGUGUCUCGCUAGCAUCACAAAAUCAUGCGAAAAAAAGCAUCACUUACACUAACAACAAUUCACGACCAAGAGAAAAUUCCAUCAGUUUAUUAAACAAUGAUCAUGAGAUAGAUAAGAAUGAUCAAGUUGAUUCACACAAUAUACCAGAAAAUAAAUCAUUUCGACAAUUAUUUUCUGACUUAGAAUUAGAUGUUCUAUUUUCUACAUGGCCAUUGCUUUGUCAAAAUCCUGUACGAACUGGUUGUUUAAUUUUUAAAAAUGCUUUUGAAAUUCAUCCAAAAUUAUCUACUUUUUUCCCAUUUGGUCAUCUUAGUCCUGAAAUUCUUGUGGAUAGUCCAGAUUGCAAAAAACAUUCAGCAAAAGUUAUGCGAGUAAUACAUAUGGCUGUUAAAGCAUUAGAAGGCGAUAGUAAAUCAUUAUAUGAAGAAUUAGCAUUACUCGGAGCAAAACACGCUGCUAUACGUAACAUGAAAAUUGAAUAUUUCAAGAUUAUAAAAGAAGCAAUUUUAAUGACAUGGGGACGAUUAAUAUAUGAAGAAUUUACAGAUGAUGUAAGAAGUGCAUGGGGACAUCUAUUAGAUGAAGUGGUCGGUAUCAUGGGUGUGGGAUGUUUAAUAUUUGAAGAAGAAGAAGAGAAAAUUUUAGAAGAACAAGAAAGUGCUGAUCAAAUUCCAGAUUUCAAUCCGAAUUUUCAUAAUGCACAUCAAGAACAACAAAAUUAUAAAAGAAAACAAGAUAAACCUAGUCGUUUAAGUGUUGCAACUGUAUCCAAAGAAGAAUUAGAUCAAAUUUAUCCGAAUUGCAAAUAACCAAUAUGUGACAUUGGUAGUGUG